AUGCCUAGUAUCCUUGCCUACCAGAGCUCUGAGGUGGACUGGUGUGAGAGCAACUUCCAGUACUCGGAGCUGGUUGCCGAGUUCUACAAUACGUUCAGCAAUAUCUCCUUCUUCAUCUUUGGGCCGCUCAUGAUGUUCUUGAUGCAUCCCUACGCCCAGAAACGCUCUCGCUUUGUCUACGGCAUCGUGACCCUCUUCAUGGUCAUAGGCCUGUUCUCCAUGUACUUCCACAUGACGCUGAGUUUCCUGGGCCAGCUGCUAGAUGAGAUUGCCAUCCUCUGGCUGCUGGGUGGUGGCUACAGCAUAUGGAUGCCCCGCUGCUACUUCCCUGCCUUCCUUAGGGGGAACAGGACCCAGUUCAUCUCCCUGGUCCUCGUCACCACCAUGGUCAGCACCUUGCUAUCCUUCCUGCGGCCCACAGUCAACGCCUACGCCCUUAACACCGUUGGCCUGCACAUCCUCUACAUCGUGUGCCAGGAGUACAAGAAGACCAAAGAUAAGGAGCUUCGGCAUCUGAUCGAGGUAUCUGUGGUUCUGUGGGCUGUCGCCCUGGCCAGCUGGAUCAGUGACCGUCUGCUCUGCAGUUUCUGGCAGCGGAUUCACUUCUUCUAUCUUCACAGCAUCUGGCACGUGCUCAUCAGCAUCACCUUCCCUUAUGGCAUGGUUACCUUGGCCCUGUUGGACGCCAGCUAUGAGAUGCCGGGCGAAACCCUCAAAGUUCGCUACUGGCCCCGGGACACUUGGCCUGUGGGGCUGCCGUACAUAGAAGUCCAGAAUGGCAACAAGAACUGCUGA